AUGGAUGGCUACCCCUUGGGAAGCCUCGAUCAUAAUGUGCCGCUUAUCGUGGUGUCGGGGCUGAAUUCAGAUCCGCCAGAGCAACCUCCCAAGGCCAAUGGCCCGGGAAUCCUCCUUCGAUCCGAUCUGCCACCUCUAGAGAGCAGAGAGGCGAACUUUCUGCAGUCAUAUUUUCAAGAGGUGGACGAACGCGGAACGUCAUGGACUGCAAUCACGAGGGACGAGCCCUUUAGGGUUCGCAUCAAGACCGUCGGUAGGUCCUACGUACUUCCAUCUCGACGAGCCCGGCUGCCUGAAACGAUCGAACCGAUGAACACGGCCCCGAUACUGCACUCGCCUUUCUCGCCCCUCAGCCCUUCGUCAGCUCUAUACCCAGACGGGCUGAUUAAUGCGCAAUGGAUCAAGAAGCACCAGGAAGCGAUCCCUAGCAUAUUCGUGUGCUUCCAAACACUGAUCAGCGACCCUAAUAUUGCUACGCUGGGAGACAACAAGCUAAAGGGAGAUCUUAAUCACAUAAGGGCGACCUUGGUGGAAUCAGGUUAUAAAACGCGCUUAGUUGUGAUAAUCCUGGGCGAUGAAGAUGCCAGAAAACUGACUGCUGAUAUCAUACAAGAUCGGCUGGAGAAUAUUCGAAGGGGAACUGGCUUAGAUCCCAAAUCAAUCUUCUACGUUACGCCUCAGGAGUCGCCGUCAGAUUUGAAGAGGGUGAUGGAUAGUGUCCUCUCCUUGCUGUACACCACGUCCAUUGAGUAUUACCGAGACCUUGGGAGGCAUGCUAGGAAGAAAAGAUCCCGAGGAAUCGUUCCCCAGCCAACAGUGCCGCCAACUUCUGGAACGUCGCAAACGUUAUCGCUGUCCGACUGGAAUUUUCGCUAUGAUUUCAAGUUGGCCAUCUUUGCUGAAUUCCGCCAAGAGAUUGACGCGGCAAUCCGAUCUUUUGAGCAGGCAUACGAGAUUUUGCUAGGUCAAGAUGUUCUUGAUAUUAUCCCCAGUUGGAGCCCUCGCUGGAACGAGGCACGGCUUUUGGCAGACAUUAUCUCAAUCCGCUGUUUGCGAAUGCACCUAUGGAUGGGACAAACGAGCAUGGCGGUCAGGAGAUGGCAGGCUCAUCGUGACCGCAUCAGCGAAUUUGUUGAUGCCCGAGGAAGGGGUACAAACAACUAUGGCUGGCAAGCUUGGGAAGCCCGGUGGGCAAUGAUGAUGGCUGUUCUAAUUGAGAAGACUGAGGUUCCUGGCCUGGGGCCGUCGACUAUGACCAUCUUUCUUCAGCCAGAAAAAAACCUUCUUGGAGAGCGAUUACAUCCGUGGGAACUAUUGCACCAUACUGGUUAUUGGUAUCGAAUUGCUGCGCGCCAUCUCGGAGCUCGCAAAGCAUUGGCCCAUAGAAUCCCCGACGAUGAUAGAGGAGCGCCAGACGCUUCGCCCGCGUCGAUGGUGGCGAGCAAAGCAUACCGUUAUGAUACAUAUAUGUGCCCUCCGCCCCAUGAAGAGUAUCCAUUGAACGGAAAGGGAGUCAAUCAUGCACAACUAAUAAUAGACUGUCUCCUCAACGCGAGGGGUCAAUUUCAAGCCAGAAAGCAGCACCGAAUCGCGGCAGAAAUAUCUUUGGAGUGUGCAAGGGAGAUGGCCACAAUUGGGUCAUGGAAUCAAGUACUUGGAAUGCUCAGACCUCUUUGGGAAGACAAAUCUUUUCGCUCCGAAUGGUGGCUCGACAUCUCUGAAGAAAUCCUAUGGCUUGUGAGACGAGCAGCGGCGGAGACUGGGCGGGCGGACGUUGUGAUCGCUACCGAUUGGGAACUAAUGGAUAAACGCUUUAGACGAAGAGAAAACUGGCAUUAUGAUUUGAGCAAAUCUCUAGAUGGAGUAACCUUGGACUCGAAGCCAUCUAUUAGUAUAUCUGACGAUUUGGCUUCAUCAUUCUUAUCAGCAUCGUUUGUUUUUCGCGCCAAAGAGGGCCGGGCUGGCGAAACGUGCUUGGCCCAGCUGUCUCUCAACUCUGAAGCGCUUAGUGGAGCCGCUCCAGUUACUUUAUCUUCGAUUCGAGUUGAAUUUGAGGGACACCUCAAACCUAUCACGCUCGUGCAUGACUCAGCCCUGCAGAUGAAUUCUGCGGAGGGACCUAUAUCCUUGGCGGCUGAAGAGGAUGCAGAUGAAGACAAGAAGGAUGAGAAAGAAGAUCGACUGACUGGUAGAUGCGAUCUAACACUGAGGCCGGGCCACCGACAAGUGUUUGAGAUGAACAUACCUCUACGAGAGCCAGGAGAGGCGUCGGCAUCUACGCUAAUCUUGUCUUAUAAAGCCGAUACCUUUGAACUGGAUUAUAAGCUAUCAUUGUCAGAAUUGGGUAAAGUCUCGGGAUGGUUCGCUCAAGGCUCGGCGAAACCACGAUUGUCCAGACCUAACGGACAUAUUCUACAUAUACAGCCACGACCUCCUAAAAUGAAGCUGAGGUUGAUAGAGCCCCUCGAGCAGUACUAUGCAAAUGAGCCGAUUGCAUUGCGGAUUGGCCUGUAUAAUGAAGAAGACGAUUCUGCCAACGUGAAGUUGGACAUUCGGAUCAUUGGAAAGGGAAUUCCUCGGUUCCAAGUGCAAGCUGGAGAGCACAAGCGAGAGGUGGAUGCUACUGAGGAAGAGUCUCAAGUUACGGACCUUACUCUUGGCCAUAUAGCCAGUUCCUCCUCGUUGGAGGCGUCAAUUCGCCUCGAACCUGCACUAGCGCCUACGGUAUACGAGUUGCAGAUCCGAGCAGAUUAUCAUUUGGAGUCAGACGCUGCAACACCGAUUGUUCAGGUGUUGCCUAUUCACCUCAAUAUCGUGAAUGCGUUUGAAGCCAAUUACGACUUGAUGCCGCGACUCCAUCCGGAUUCCUGGCCGAGCCUUUUCGACUACGAAGAUGUACAAGACGUGUCCGAAGGCGAUGCUGUCCCGGCCAAGGGGCUCACGCAGCAAUGGUGUCUUGUUUGCCACUAUGCAUCGUUCGCAACCGAAGAUUUAGACGUAUUAGGUCUCGACAUGCAGGUUGCGUCGGUGACGCCUGGCGGACGGUGCCGUGUUAUAAGCAAGCCCGAAUUCUCCGCAGAUGGCAUGAUUGUGGCCCCCAAGACGAUGUAUGAAGCUCGGUUCGAUCUGGUAGCAGAAAAGGUCACGCUGGACGACAAGCAUCCAGUCGCAAUAGAUUUGGCACUCGUGGUCCGCUGGCGACGAAGGCGAUCUAUGGAUGGGGAGACUGGCCCAGUUAACGUCACGACGAUGAUAGUUGGGCAGUACAUGGUGCUCGGGACGGAGCCCAGAGUGCUGGCGUCGGUGCUUCACAGCUCACAGGAGAAGACAGGCUUGGUGCGGCUCGACAUUACGAUUGAAAACCCAUCCAGCCAUUUCUUGACAUUUGGUUUGGCGAUGGAACCAAGUGAUGCAUUUGCUUUCUCCGGAUCCAAACAGACGACCAUGCACCUGCUACCGAUGUCGAGGCGCACCCAGACUUACCGCCUGAUGCCACUUGUACGAGGCGUGUAUGUACGGCCAGGCUUGGUGGUAAGAGACAAGUACUUCCAGAAGGUGCUUAGAGUUAUACCGACAGAGGGGAUGAAGAUUGACAAAGAUGGCUUGCUGGUUUGGAUCCCUCCGCUGCAAGAAGCUGAAGAGAAGUCAAACUAGGGACUCGGGGGAAUGGGUACCCGAGGAAUACGUAAAUAAGCAUGAUACUAUUUGGUUCAUCUAGACUUUGAUAGAGGGAUAUCAUUUUACAUUUUCUGCCUUUA